AUGGAUGGUGCAGAAGCUGUUUCAACACCACUUGCAACAUCAGACAAGUUACUCCCUGCGCAAUCCGGUAUUGCUACGGUAGAUGUAACUCAGUAUCGGCAUCUUCUUGGCUUGUUGCAGUACCUGGUCAUCACUAAACCUGAUGUGUCCUAUGCAGUUAACCGGCUCUCACAGUUCAUGCAUAUGCUUACGAAGGUGCACUGGCAAGCUGCGAAACGGUUGUUACGCUACUUGAAGGGUAUGGUGUACCAUGGGUUGUACCUCCGUGCCGGGCAGCCUCUCUCACUAAGUGUGUAUAUGGAUGCUGAUUGGGGUGGCUGCAUUGCCAGUGGGCGGUCCACUACCGCUUAUUUAUUGUAUCUUGGGACCAAUCUCGUCUCUUGGAAAUCCACUCGUCAAAAAUCAGUUUCGCGCUCGUCUACAGAAGCCGAAUAUCGAGCCUUGGCGAAUGCUGUGCAGAAGUUUUGUGGGUUAAGAAUCUGA